ACCACGACUAAGAGAUGGAUGGAUCUCAUUGAUCCUUUCUUCUUGCCGGCCAAGAGUUCUCGAUCACUAAUCGUCUUGAAACCGUCGCGUCAACUGCUCGUUCGGGCCUAAAUCAUUAGAACUUUUUGUAGUUUCCGAAAACUUUUAACACAUUUUUUUUUUCUGUUAAUAGUGUGUUACAAUAGUGCUGUUGUUUUGUUUUCGUAAUACUACGAGUUGCUGUCUAAUUACGCGUCAGUGAGACCAGAUUUCUAGUUUUGAGAUCGUUCAAUAAGACCGCACGGACUAAAAAUGAUCCUUAGACUGUCACUGAUGUUUUGCUUUCUGGCGUGCAGUAUGACGGAAGAAGUGGACGUGGUCGAAGCUGUUUCCGGGACGUCGCAAUCGAUCGACGAUCUGCUGCAACAGUCCGACCAACAGCAAAUGCAGCUGCAGCACGGGCCGAUGCAAUCGCCGGCGCAGAAGCGUGAUGACGCGAUGGAAGCGCACAACCCUGACCAGCUGGCCAUGGAGACAGGUGACGACGUGGACGAUCAGGACGCGUCCGGUUCCAUAGCCAAGCAUAACUACUUGAAACCGCAGUCGGCACCUGUUCGCGGCCAUCCACCGCUGAACCGAGGUCCGCCACCACCUCAGCAGCAGUCUCAACCUCCCCAACAGCAGUCCGCCAAGUAUCACCACCACAACGUGGCUUAUCACGGACCACCACCGCCGCCACCGUCAUUGCAGCAACAGCAACAGCAACAGCAACAGCAACAACAAUUGGUCGCCCAACAAUCCGAGGCCAUGGACAAGGUGUACUCGGCCGGUCCGGUAGGAAACGCGCUCGGAGACCCAUGGCCGAGCAGCGCGUCUGCCGACAUGCCGAAAAUCGUGUCACUGGACGUCAAGUGCGAGAAGAACUCAAUGAAGGUGUUCCUGAGUUUCGACAAGCCGUUCUAUGGAAUCGUGUUCAGUAAGGGCCACUACAGCAACGGAAAUUGCGUGCACCUGCCCGCCGGUCUAGGCCGGACGUCCGUCAACUUCGAGAUCGGCGUGCACGCUUGCGGCACUUCCGGCAACACCGAGAACGGUCUAUACGGGUACGGGGCUGACUCCGGGUCCGGCACCUAUUUCGAGAACAUCGUCGUCAUCCAGUAUGACCCGCAAGUGCAAGAGGUUUGGGACCAGGCCCGGAAGCUCCGGUGCACGUGGCACGACCAGUACGAGAAGUCCGUCACGUUCAGGCCGUUCCCGGUUGACAUGCUGGAUGUAGUCAGGGCUGACUUCGCCGGCGACAACGUUGGAUGUUGGAUGCAGAUACAAGUCGGCAAGGGACCUUGGGCUUCCGAAGUCUCCGGAUUGGUGAAAAUUGGACAAACAAUGACCAUGGUGCUGGCAAUCAAGGACGACGACUCCAAGUUCGACAUGCUCGUACGGAACUGUAUGGCGCACGACGGCAAACGGGCACCCAUCCAACUUGUGGACCAGAAGGGUUGCGUCACACGCGGCAAGCUCAUGUCCCGGUUUACCAAGAUCAAGAACUUCGGUGCCAGCGCAUCCGUACUGUCGUACGCGCACUUCCAGGCGUUCAAGUUCCCAGACUCGAUGGAAGUACACUUCCAGUGCACCAUACAGAUAUGCCGGUACCAGUGCCCAGAUCAAUGUUCGGACAGCAACGCCAUACUCAACGCUCAACAUGGUAAUCUGCUAUCCGCCCACCAUCCAGCGGUACAAGGACCCGCAGAAUACGGUCCACCGCCCGCGCCCCUAGACGUGUACGCCCGCAUCGGUUCGGCCCAUCCGAGAGACGAGAGACGCGUCCGACCCCGACUUCACCGUAGGUCGGCCGCCACCAGCACCACCGCCAGCACCACUACUGCCGACGCCGAACAGGAAGCCGUGGGCGUGAACCGAGUCAUCAAGGUCGUGUCCACGGGUGACCUGACGUUCGCCCUCGACGACUCGACAAACAGCUCCGCCACCAACACUAUGGUGUUCCCCGUCAGAACCAUCGAACCGGGUGCGUCAAUGAUCUGUAUGACAACGGUCGGGUUCUCCGCCACGCUGAUUGUCCUGCUCGGCAUCCUGCUGGUGUCGUGUCUGGUGUCCGCGUACCUGUGCCUGCGCAUUAGAUCCAUGCCGCAACGCCGAAAAAACGCGCAGGUGGCUUGCACCAAUCCCAAACUUCAGCCGCAGACGGCGCACAAAUCGGCCGUCAUGCACCAGGCAUACACGUCGUGAUCAUCGACGCCGUUUCCGGCUCACUUCCGCAGUCGAGUCAAUGGUGGGCAUCACGGCGGGUGAGAAUUGAAACACAAAUAGGAAAAAAAACCAAAAUCACAAAAAAAUAAAAGUCACGACCGUCGCACAAACGAAAAGCCAUAAUUAUAAUUAUAUUUUACUUAAUAGACGUAAAUAUUAUAUUAUAUAGUAAGCCAAAGCAACCCCCUCCCCCCCCCAAAUAACACAUUAGAUAGGUAUAUAAACGUUUUUAGUCGGACGCAACGGGCGUUAAACCGUGUUAAAGGCGGUUAAACAUCGCCCGCGAACAACCUACGCGCCUCAACCCGAUGCUCGCUUUAUGACGAUCGUCGUCUCUCGUUUCGAUUUUUCCAUCUUCGGGUCCGACGCUAUUCAUCAUCGCCGUCGUAUCACAUCAUACAAUAUCCAAUGUAACAUACUUAUUAUAUAACGUCGCGAUACCUAUACAUAAUAAUCGGUAUUAUAAUAGGUACGUGCAUUAUUUAUUAUUAUUUUUCUUUCGUUAUCCUUUCCUUUCCAUUCUUUGUCAGACAUCGUAAUUUACACCCGGGGGAACGUAUCGACUUACGAGUCGCCACGUCGUUCGUUUUUAGUUCCAUUAUCAUAGAAUUAUUACAACUUAUCAUUUGCGCCGGACUGUCGACGCUACAACACACUAUAUAUACGUUAUAAUAUAAUAUAGUAUUCGGUAAUUCGAGAGCGUCGUCGUCACACGUUGAAAAAUAAAACUCCGACCUCAAAAAAUGUGCAUCCCGUUCGCACGCUUUUUUUCUAAAACGUAUCACGUAAAUAUUGAAAGAGUGCCAAAAAACCGUCAUCGCAAGGGUGUAAUGAGAAAUAUUAUUUUCUUAAAUUUUUAAAACGUUAUGCUAAUCAUCUACCGGGUAUAUAUUUUAAUCCGAUUAUUUAGAUGAUUUUUUUAAUUUGUUUAAAAUCCACACGUCCCCGCCCACCACAACAAACGCUUUUAUCGCUAAACAAUAACCCCAAGCAUAUAAUAUCGCAUAGGUAUAUAAUAGGUAUGCCCACCGCGCGUAACAUUUUAUAUUAUUACUUUAUUAAUUGUAUAGGCAGGUUAAUGUAAGUCUGUUUUCGUCUCGAUUUAAUCCAAACGCGCAUCGCUCUAGACUAAUAUUAAACACGUUCAAAACAAAAUAAACAUACGUCGACGGCCUGCAAUAUAAUAUUAUGUGUCGUAUGCUAUUUCUUGAGCUUUUUAAUAUUAUAUUAUUUAUAAAUAUAUUAGAUAUAUAUAUAUAUAUAUAGUGAGAGAAUUUGAGAGAGAGGAAAUAAUGGCAUUCACUAUCGCGACUACUGGUGUCCACGUCCUCAUCCCCACCCAGCACUGUAUAGUUUACGUUUACGAUGUUAUAUCCACGGUGAAAUAUCUAUUUGAUAGUAACAAAAUACGUCUUACAAAAUACAUAACGCACUUGUAUCGAAUAUUAUUACAAUUUAUAGACUUAAGAAAACGAGCCAUAUAUAUUAUGUUAUUUAUUUUCGAUAGGUAAAUAUCGUCUAUUAC